ACGCAGAUCAAAUCUUCCUUAUUAUCUUCUUUUUCAGCCUGCGAUCAAGGCCACUACGGUGAGAACUGUGAGAAAACGUGUAGCACUAAUUGCCUGGUACAGAAAUGUAGCCCUGAGACUGGUCAUUGUGACCUAUGCCCACCUGGGUUUCAAGGGGAUUUUUGUGAUAUAGAAUGUGAUUAUCGAUUUUAUGGCCACAAUUGUGAAAAAAUAUGUUCGGGUUGGUGUUUGGGUGACUGUGACAAAGUUACUGGACUCUGUCUUUCUUGUAUCCGUGGCCGACAAGGCGACUUGUGUACGGAACCAUGCAAUAAAGGCUAUCACGGACAGGACUGCUUGGAUCCUUGUCCUAAAAACUGCUUUGACAAUCAAUGCGACACUUAUUCCGGUACCUGUUGGCUAUGUAAAGCUGGUUACUCUGGAGGUCUGUGUUUAGAAGAUUGCCCAAUAGGUACCUAUGGAAAAUUAUGUUUCGGAAAGUGUCAUGAACGCUGUCGCAGCCAUAAGUGUCACCCACAAACUGGACAAUGCAACUCAUGUGAGCCAGGGUACCAGGGUCUUUAUUGUGAAAUACCAUGUCAUUUACAUUUUUUUGGCGAGAACUGUUCUCAAAAAUGCAGUGAUCACUGCCUAAAUACAAGCUGUCAUCCAGUAACUGGCUCCUGUUUGAUUUGUUUGCCUGGAUUUACUGGGAAGUUUUGUCAGAAUGCUUGUCCAGCAAAUUUUUAUGGCGACGAUUGUGAACUCCGCUGUAGUCCUGAUUGUAUGGUGAACAGUUCGUCCCCGUCAGACGUCUGUCAUCCUGUGACUGGGGCGUGUUUACAUGGACAGCUAGCUCAACACUCUGAUGAUGCCACGAAGGCAAUUAACUUGACAGGACUGUGGAUUGGCGUUGCUUGUGCUAUCACCUUCCUCGCAAGUGUACUGGGUCUUGUCUGCUUCUAUAAACGGAAAAGUAUCAUUCAUCUGAUGUUCAUCCUAUUGCAAGGAAAAGAUCAAGACACGGAGACAUCUGUAUUCGCUGAACAGGAAGAACACCAUGUUUAAAUAGUAGAAUAGACAGUCGUAUAAUUUAUGUAUUUUGAUAGAAGUCUAAUUCAUAAAGCGCUGGUUGUGAAUGUGUAUGUGUUUCGUGAAUUAAUGUUGUUCGAAUUUUUCAUCAAUAUUGUUUUUGUACAGUAGUUACGCUGAGGUUGUCAAUUGUAGUCAAAUUGAAUUUCCAUUAGAUUGGAUCAAUAAAACUAUUUUAUCUUAUCUUAUCUUAUCUUAGGUGGAUUUCUGGGGCUAACGCUCCAGAAAGUUGAUUUUGUUAAACCUUUGUACUCAAUGGUGUUUUUAAUACAACUUGAGCAAAUUUAAUUUUAAAAUAGGAAUGAUCUUAGUUUGAAUGUAGAAGGACAAGUGUUAAUCGAUUAGAACAAACUAGAACUCACUUGAAAACUACAAU